AUGGUGCACGUUCAAUUCAAUGCGGAACUUCUCAGUACUCUUGCAGGGGGGGUUGUGGUGCUGACCGGAGGAGCAACGGGGAUUGGGCGAUCUGCAGUGAUCCAAUUUGCUAAGGCUGGAUGUAAAGUCGUCUUUGGUGACAUCAGCGAGGGUCCAGCGCGGGAACUCGAAUCGCAGCUUGGUCCAACUGUUCGCUUCCUCCACUGCGACACCUCCUCGUACUCAGACCAGCUGGGACUCUUCGCAGCCGCGGAAUCAAUCUUCGGUCGUGUCGAUGUUGUGGUAGCUAAUGCUGGGAUGGCUAUUCACAAGGACAUCUUCGACCCGACCUCGAAUAUCUCUAUCGAGCCGAGCAUGAAGGAAGUCGCGGUCAACCUCACAGGAGCUAUUUUCACGGCACGGAUUGGAAUGCAUUACCUAAGAAGGAACAAAUCCAGGGGUGGAGGCAAAGGCGGUGGCGAUAUUGUGCUUGUGAGCUCUAUUGCAGGAUUUAAGGAGAGUUGUGGCUUGACGACCUACACGGCGAGUAAGCAUGGCGUUUUAGGGUUGAUGAGAGGGCUGCACACUACAGCACACUCUGAGGGUAUCCGGGUCAACGUAAUAUGUCCAUGGAUGACUAAAACGAAAUUGGUGAAAGGAAUCCAAGAUGGCUGGUACGACCGCGGUCUGCCGUCCAAUGAGCCUGAAGAUGUGGCCCGAAGCAUUAUCCUUUGCGCAACUGCGAACAGGAGCGCUGAUGGAAAAAUCCACCCGGGAGCUAGAAUGCCCUUCGCCGGCAAGAUACUGUGGAUCGCUGGCGGUGAGGCAUACGAGAUCGAAGACGCAAUCCAAGCGCUUGAACCUCAAUGGUUAGGCGAGGAGAACAGCAAAAUCCUAGCCAAAGGGCAAGAAUAUUUGGCGAGUCAAGGUACAAGUUGGGAUGCAGAAAAGCAAAAAAAGAAGACAAACGUGGCCGCCAAUGGGGUGUGA